AUGUACUUUCUAUUUAUACCAGCUGCGGAGGAAUGCCGCAUUAUUAUGUUCAAGGAACCAACACUCAACACAGUCAUAGAGGGCCACUUAAUCAGCAGGGCAGAGGUGCUUAACGAAGGGAGCUGUCGAGUGAAGUGUUAUAUGGAGCCCAAUUGCGUGUCCAUAAAUAUGGGGCCAUCAAUAAGUGGUAAAACCGUAUGUGAACUGAAUAAUGCCACUGGUGAAAAUGGAUUUGCUGCUGCACUAAACUACAAAGCUGCCCACACUUAUCUGGCAAUCGAGGUAAAACCAGUUUUAUUAUAAAGUGAUGGAAUUAUGACUAAAAUACUUAGGAUAAUCGGAGAAUUUUGUUAUUUCCGUAAAUUUGCUAGUUUGUAGAAACAAAAAUCAUCAUCAUUAUUAGCAUCAUUGUCACUUUCAGUUUCAUUAUUCGUGUUAUCGUCAUCAUUAUCACUAUCAUCAGCAUCAUAAUAAUCACUGCUAACAUUAUUUCCAGGUAUCGUCAUCAUCAUUUUUAUUCAUUUUGUAGAUCUGGAUGCCUGGUAUAAUAAAAGAAAAAGGAGGAAAACAAGUUUUAUUGGCAUUUAUCCGCAUUUAUUCGAUGGGACUAUGUAUGAUAAGAAGAAUUAUGCAGAUCGACGCGGCCUCUGCGGUUUUUCAACAACCUCCGAGAUCUACAUAAUUCUUAAUAUCAUAUUUAAAAUACUUUUCAGCUCCAAGCGUAAUUACCUCUAUGUAAAAAGCCUCCCUCUUUAAAUCAUUUGGCUGAUCCAUGGCCUUUUUUAGAAUAUGAAGGGCGUUUAUUCAAGCAGACAUCCUGCACAUGGCGGAUGUAUUUCCAGGAGUAGUAGUUUUGUCUAUUCUCCUUGUUUUUUUUGUUAUUUGUGAGUCAGUAGUCAAUUCCAUGUUCUCAUAGCGUGUGAAAUCUUCCGUCCAAGUUGAAAAGAUCUGCACUGGGACGUCAAUUAUAUUGAUAUUGAAAAACUGGGGAAUUUAAGCCAGUCAGAGACCAAUGCAUCGGUCCGUUAUUGUUAUUGUUACCAUUACUGGACCUGGACUAUCGUUGUAACAUUAACUCGUCUAUCUUUUCUUCAGAAUCCCUGCAGUAGUAGUCCAUGUCUGAACAAUGGCACAUGCCAAGCUGGAUUCACAAGAAAAGGAUUUCGUUGCAGUAAAGGAUUCAUCGGAAGUUUUUGCAACCGGAUAGGUAUGGCUCAGUCCCAUGAGCAGAUAACU